GCCGCCCGCCGGGCCCGGGCGCCAUGGAGGGGAACCGGGAGGAGGCGGAGCGCUGCGUCGGCAUCGCGCUGGCGGCCGCCAGGGCCGGGCAGCCCGAGCGGGCCCGGCGGCUCCUGCUGAAGGCGCAGCGCCUCUACCCCUCGCCCCGCGCCCGCGCCCUCCUGGAGGAGCUCGACAAGGAGCAGCAGGCAGCGGGCGCCCGGCCCGACCCCGACCCCAGCCCCGGGGCGCCGCCGAGCCCCCAGGGGAGGCCGGGGAGCGGCGGGGAGGCGGCCGGGGAGGCGCCGCGGGGCUACACGCGGGACCAGGCGGAUGCCGUCAGGAGGGUAAAGCAGUGCAAAGAUUACUACGAAAUUCUGGGAGUCAACAGAGAAGCUUCUGACGAGGACUUGAAAAAGGCUUACCGGAAACUCGCGCUGAAGUUUCACCCGGAUAAGAACCACGCGCCAGGGGCUACGGAGGCCUUUAAAGCCAUUGGCAACGCGUACGCGGUGUUGAGCAACCCGGAGAAGAGGAAGCAAUAUGACCAGUACGGGGACGAGAAGCUCAACCCUGCUCGGCACGGACACAGUCACUCAGACUUCCACCGCGGGUUUGAGGCGGACAUCUCCCCCGAGGACCUCUUCAACAUGUUCUUUGGUGGUGGAUUUCCUUCCAGUAACGUCCACGUGUACAGCAACGGCCGGAUGCGAUACACCUACCACCAGAGGCAGGACAGGCGAGAGCAUCAGGGAGAUGGUGGCCUCGGGCUGUUUGUCCAGCUGAUGCCUAUCCUCAUCCUGAUCAUCGUGUCUGCUCUCAGCCAGAUGAUGGUCUCCAGCCCUCCCUACAGCCUGAGCCAGAGGCCGUCCGUGGGUCACAUACACAGGAGAGUGACAGAGCACCUGAAAGUCGUCUACUACGUGUCUGAGAACUUCGCCGAGGAGUACACAGGCACCAACCUGAAGAACGUGGAGAGGAGCGUGGAGGACGACUACAUUGCCAACCUCCGAAAUAACUGCUGGAAGGAGAAGCAGCAGAAGGAAGGCUUGUUGUACCGGGCACGCUACUUCGGGGACUCGGAGCUGUACCAGCGAGCGCAGAAGAUGGGCACCCCCAGCUGUAGCAGACUGUCAGACGUACAGGCCUCUCUGCACGGAUAGUCGCUGCCGGCCCGCUCGGCGGAGCUCUAAACUGGAAAUGCCUGAAGACUCUUGGUGAAGUGCACUGAGCCGAGGUGACGGACUUUGUAUUUAAGGAAUCAAACCUGAUAUUAAAAUGGAAUCGGAGAAUUAGCAACGCACAACUGCCCUCUUUCUUCUCUCUGCCCAUCUCCACCGUUACGAUGUCUCAGGCAGCAAUUAGGACAGGAAACACAGCUGCCCGUCCUCCUCCUCCCCUUCCGGCACCACUAGCCUGGUUGCUCCUAGGGUACCACAACCAUCAGAACAAGCGCGUGGCGUGCAAGGUGAGAGACCCAACCACAAAGCCAUGAAGCAAAAGGAGACCCUCGUGACUGCGCUGGAGAGAGAAAUCGGACAAUUUGGUGAUAAAACUUUAAACAAAAAGAAGUAUAAUCUAUUUAGAAUUAAUUUAUAGCUGUAUAUAUGUUGUACUUUUAAACUAUGCAGGGGUUGGAUGAUUAAAUUAUUUUGUUCUCUGCCCAGCUUGGCGAACGGGGAAGCGGGCAGCGUCUCUUCCCGGGGUAUCUCACUCUGCCUGGCACACGGAGCUGAAGAUCACUUUGCGGUUACUGCACUUUGCUUUCUCGACGACAGCGGCGCUCUGUGGCUGGGGAUGUUGAUGCCUGUCUUCUGGGCUGUAAUAAAAGCAUUUGCAAAUCUGCAGGGGGCGAAAAGCAAUUCAUGAAACUGCCCAGAUUUGCAAUUUGGGUUUGCAGCGUUGGCAGAAGCUUCCGCAGGUCAACGGAGCGCUGGAGCCGCAUUCAGCGAAGGAAAGGAUUGUCCUGGAUGGUUUUAGUUCAUCAGUUGUUCAGUUUAUGUCUGUGUGUAACCUUUUUUUUUUUUUUUUCAGUCUGCUUUUAAUUUAGCCUCGUAAUCAGUGUGCAGCUUUCAGUCUGUAAACAGGGCUUUCCACGAGCUGUGUCCCUUUGUUAAUUAUUUUGUCCCGCACCCGGCAUCCCUUGCCCAGCAGCGCUCCUGUUUGCAACGUGGCCGUGGCGCGCUAUCGCCUGCGUUUCUUCGGGGAGUCCUGUGAAGUGCUGCUGUCUGUACCAAACGGAGCUUUGCAUCGCAUCUGCUGAAGGACGUGUUGCUGGGGGGACAUCAGUGGCUGCACCCAGUCCCCUCAGACCCGCUUGGUGCUGCCGCAAGCCCCAGCUUUGCCGGCUUGGCCAGGCAGGACCUGGAUGAGAGCGCUCAGGGCUGUGAGCCGUCUGAGAAGCGAAUGAGCGGAGUUAGGUCAGCGGGAUAAACUGGAUCCUUUUUCGUCCCCUGCGGUUAAUUUUCGCCUAAAGGCUUUGCCUGUGAGAGCCAUCCCCCAGCACCCCAGGGGAGCUGAUCAAAAGAGCAGCGGUGGGUGCGAGGGCUGGGAGAUCAAGCGGUGAGUUGGGCUCCUUUCUUGAGCAAUAGCAGUCCGUGUGCUCUGUCUUUGGCUAUUUGUUUUGCAAAGCAUCAGCCCUCCCUUUAACUGUAAGCCUUAUUCCACAGCUACCACAACAUGGACUUGAUUUUAAAAGUUGUCUUUUUCCUCCUUUUUUUUUUUUUAUGGUACUUCCAUCUUUGGAAGGCAUGAGGUGGAAGCACGGUGUUUUGAAAUAGCUCUUAAUCGAGGCACAGCCACACAGAGCUCAUGGGGUGGGGGGAUUAAAAGAAAAAUCACGUUUGCAAGAGGUGCUGAAUGUCUUGCGAAACAGCAUUCCUCGCCCAGAGCCUGCCCACCGAAACCUUCGGAUUUUUCGAGUAGAUUUCCAUGGUUAAUAUGAGUGGGAAAGCAUAGAUCCUAACGGAUGCUCCUGGAAGCUGCAUUUCUUGAUUUAGAGUUAAUUAUCAAAUUGUACAUCUAUAAAUAAAUGUUUAUAUCGUGAAAGGC